AUGAAGCUCAUCGCCGCCUUCGCGAGUCUCCUCGCCACCCUCGCCGCCGCAGCCCCAACCCCUCAGGAAGACGACCCCGCCGUUGUGGUCGGCAUAUCGUUCACCUAUGAGAAUGGCACUUUUACCGACCUUUUUGACGUACCUGAGACGCUUUCAGGAUAUCCCGUCGCCAGCAGCGGCAUCGUGACAAACGUCUUCAUAUACUCUCCAGGCAACAAUCCCGCGCGCUGCGCGUUUCUCGAGCCAGAGCCCAGCAGACAGGGUCUCGGUGCGGUCUCGAUUAUUCAUGCGACGACUAUCGAGCUAAGUCCGCCGGGAGAAGUGGGCUUCGUGCAAUGCAACAGGACGUAA